AUGAAGGACGUGUCUCAUUAUGGCCCUGCACUAUGUACUAAAUUUUACAAUAAUUAUGUUCUAGCUGGUUAUGGGCCUUUCAUCCAUGUCUAUGACUAUCAUUCAGAUACAUUGGUUAAUAAAUGUAGGCUAUUUCACUACAAUAAAGUCCAUGGAAUAAACGUUUCUAGUGAAGGGAAAAUUCUGGCCUAUGGUGCAAGAUCAGUAACAAUAGUGAAACUUGAAGACAUUUUAAAGAAAGAAUCUUUAGUGGAUUUCGAAAGAAUUAACUCAGAUUGGGUUACCGGCGCUACAUUCAGCUUUGACAAUUCACAAAUAUAUUUGUUAACAUGCUACAACAAAGUACUGAUUUGUGAUUUAAAUUGUGAAGUACUUUUGAGGAAAUCACUUGGUGGAGAAAGAUCUAUUCUAUAUUCCGGUAUAAUUAAAGUUUUCGGCCCGCAUAAGGUAUAUGUUAACGCUGGUACCGUAAUGGGCGGCGUUAUCAUUUGGGACCUGUUUUCGGAGACAAAAAUCCACAACUUAUUGGGUCAUGAAGGUUCUAUCUUUUAUGUUAAUUUAAGCAAUAACGGAAAGUAUGUGGCCAGUUGUUCUGACGAUAGAUCAAUUAGGUUAUGGGAUCUACAAACCGGCAAACAAUUGUCUAUCGGGUGGAGCCAUACGGCAAGAAUUUGGAAUUUAAUGUUUUUUGAUAAUGAUUCUAAAUUAAUAAGUGUUUCUGAAGACUGUACGUGCCGUAUAUGGAACAUUUCCGAGUUAGGGGAAAAUAUUACCGAAUUAUCCAUAUCUAGUGUUUAUGAAGUACAUUUGAUCAAGAGUAUAUGGGGCGUUGAUGUGAAAGAGGACGAAAUGAUUGCCGUGACCUCCGGGAAUGAUGGUAGAUUGAAGCUGAUUGAUCUUCAUCAACUGAAAAGACAUGGUGACGAAGAAGUAUCUUUCAGCCUAGAAGAUAUCGCUGAACAAUGUGGCGUCGUUUUCGAGAAAAAUGAAAGUAUUAAGGGGUUUCAAUGGUUUUCAUUUGGUUUAGUGGCUAUCACUUCACUUGGUAAAAUUCUGCAAUUCAGUGACGUUACGAAACAAUGGAAAGUAUUGCUAACCGAUGAAAAAUUCAUCUCGUAUCCAAUUACAAAUGGGAUCCAAACCCAAAAUAUCGCUGUCUUUUCCAAUAAUAAGAGCGAUAUUCUCCUGAUCAAAUUUAGUAAAGAUGGGGCUGACAUACUUCAGACCGAAGAAUUCCAUUUAGAUGAACUUUCCAAGACGAAUAACUGCCUCGUGACCGAAUACAAUGAUGAUUUGUUCUUGCUGACUUUACAAUCUCCAAACCCCCACGAAAAGUUUUUAUGUCUAGAAAUAAGUUUUCAAAACCUAAAAAUCAAAACCAAACACUGCUUCAAUAAACCUGAUAAUUUUUCUUCCUCAUGUUUGACCUUCUUUCAAAAUCAUAUUUUGGUCGGCUCACGUUUUAGUACGAUAGUAAUCUACAACUUACUUGAUGAUAACGAAGAGCCUUUAAUAAUUAGAAGAUUAAGUCCCGGAGACACUACCACCUCGAUUGAAUUCGUGGAAAGUAAAGGCAAUUCUGCUGUCUUCUCCGUAACGAAUAGAGAUGGCUAUUAUGUCUUUAUUGAAUUGACGAAAUACAAUCUAAAAGAGAGCCCCUGCCAAAUUUCUUACAAGGUCUUGCAUUCUAAUAAGAUGAUGAAAGGUUUUUUGGAGGGCGCCUUCUUCAAUUCAAAGGGUGAAUAUAUUACUUAUGGGUUCAAGUCUAGCUUAUUUUACGUUUACAAUGAAACCAACUGUUAUGAAUUAGCUAGUGAAGUAUGUGGCGGUUCUCAUCGUCUGUGGAAUUUCGGUAAAAUUACCGACGGCCACAUAUUAAUGUAUAUCAAGGCAUCCCGGUUCCAUCUUAGGAAAAUUUACAACUCGAUUGUCCCUGAAACUUUAGAAAACGGUAUCCAUGGAAGAGAAAUUAGAGACAUUUCGAUUUGUCCGACUUCUAGCACCAAAAUGAAUGACAAUUUCAAGAAUGGUCAUAUUUUUUGUACCGCAUCUGAAGAUACUACAAUCAAGCUGGGAUAUUUCAAUAGUAGGACAGGGAAAGUGCAGAAUUUCUGGACCCAGAGAAAACAUGUGUCUGGGUUACAACGUUGCCUAUUUAUCAAUCACAAACUAAUGAUAUCUUCUUCAGCUAGAGAGGAGUUAUUCUUGUGGGAAUUGAACGAUAAGUACAAUAAGCGACCAUAUCUGACUAUACGACAAACUUUGCCUGUAUCCACAAAUAACCCCGAUCUAAGAAUUAUGGAUUUUGAUGUCAAAUUUGUAUCACAGUCUGGUGACUUCCUAUUGGUUACUGUUUAUUCAGAUUCAACAAUAAAGGUUUGGUAUUAUAAGGAAAAUCAAAAUAAGUUUGAACUGAUUAUGCAAGGUCGUUAUAAGACGUGCUGCUUGUUCAACGUCGUAUUUAUUGCAUUGAAAGAACAACUUCUUGUUGUCGUUUCACCAACUGAUGGGUAUUUAGUGGUUUAUAACAUAACGGAGUACGUACCAUUUUCCGUUGAUCCGGCUUCUGGCGAUUUGGUAGACAACGGAUUAAACGCUACUAUUUCAAAUCUUCCCGCACCUGUAUCACUGUUACAAGUUCAUCAGUCUGGUAUCAAAUCCUUAGACUAUGUUGUAGAUGCAACAAAAACUUCAGCAACAAUUUUGACUGGUGGUGAUGAUAAUGGCUUAGCGUUGAGUAACCUGAAAUUAGAUGACGCAAAUACAGCAAUGUUAAAGACAAGUGAUUUUGUCGCUGCAGCUGCUUCUUCGACAAUAACAUCCGGUAUGUUGGUUAAUGGUGGUAAAGAAGCCAUUACCACAUCGGUUGAUCAAGUAAUACGCGCUUGGAAAAUUACCGCAGGCAAGCUUUCAUUGGCGGAUAAGAAGCGUACCACUGUGGCUGACACAGGGUCAUUGGAUAUCAUAUCUAAUGAUGAAGAUGCUGAUUCUGAGAAAACGCUACUGAUUGGAGGUGUCGGUUUAUCAAUUUGGAGAAAAUGA